UAGCAUUAGCAUUCCUCUCCGUCCAUUUUGUUUAGCUUAGCUUAGCUUAGUUUAGCUUAGCUUAGCCUAGCCUAGCCUAGCCUAGCCUGUGCUAACGUUACCGGCUGACUGACUGACGCUGCUGUUACCGAGCAGCAGCAGCAGAGAUGGAUGACGGUGACGACCCGGGGAUCGUCUCUCUCUCUCACAUCAACACCACCACCUCUGCUUCUUCUUCUUCUGGCUCUAAGUCCAGCGGGGACAAGAUGUUCUCCCUGAAGAAGUGGAACGCGGUGGCGAUGUGGAGCUGGGACGUGGAGUGCGAUACGUGUGCGAUCUGCCGGGUCCAGGUGAUGGACGCGUGUCUCAGAUGUCAGGCGGAAAACAAACAGGAGGACUGUGUUGUUGUAUGGGGAGAGUGCAACCACUCCUUCCAUAACUGCUGCAUGUCCCUUUGGGUGAAGCAAAACAAUCGCUGUCCCCUCUGCCAGCAGGACUGGGUGGUUCAGAGAAUCGGCAAAUAAGCUCCAAGUCCAGGGCGGUCUGAUUUUCAGACGACACCUGUGGCUGCACCCAAAGGUGGUGACAGACUUGACAAUGAUCACUGCAGCGUCCUGUGCAGAGAGCCACUGACACCGACAACUGUCCUCCUACUUAUGAAUGCAUGCUCCAGUGGUCCCUGGUGUCUUAAGGAGGACGAUGGACAAAAUGAAAGUGGACUUGUUGGGUCACUGAUUGGUCGAUGUGGCUGGAGGGAUCAUGAAGAGAAGGAUGAACCUCGUUGCAGUGUUGCACUUGUUACGUUAUUGUCUCUGUGGUGAUGUUCAGCACAUCUUGAAUAUGUGACUGUCUUUAUAAAAAUAAAGAACUGUGUAUAGCUGUAAA